CCAAGGCUUUAAACAGACAAACAUCCAUUAUCACUGGAGGUCUUUAUAAAUGUGAAAUCACCCAAUCCACUGGCUGUGAACGUGUCCAGUUUGAUAAUGAAGAGGACACACAACAUGAGAGUAAAGAGAACCAGUGGAUGGGUGUAACUGUACAAAGUCAAGGACCUGGGGGAAAGAUCAUGACAUGUGCUCAUCGUUAUCAGAAGCGUUACUGGGAGUCUUACACCACUCCUGGACGCUGUUACGUCUUCAGUCAGGACUUGACCUUCGACCCAUUCUCUAAUACGGACGGAGGCGGCUGGAACUUCUGUGAGGGCAGAAGCAAAGACCACCACCAUUUCGGCUUCUGCCAGCAAGGCCUAGCAGCCACUUUUACUAAGGACUACCAUUAUGUGAUGUUUGGAGCCCCAGGAGCUUACAACUGGCAGGGGAUUGUGCAAGUGGACCAAAGGAACAACACUUUGGUAGAGAUGGAAAUAUUUGAAGAUGGCCCUUAUGAGGUUGUGAAUGAGCUCAAUUCUCUACCUGCCAACAGCUACCUAGGAUUCUCGCUCGAUUCGGGACACCGCAUCACCAAGAGUCGUGACCUGACAGUGGUGGCUGGAGCGCCAAGAGCCAAUCACAAAGGAGCUGUAGUCCUGCUGAAACGCGAAAAUAAACUCUCCGGCAAACUUUUGGUGGAGCACAUUCUCCACGGGUCGGGCCCGGCAUCUUCCUUUGGAUACGAUGUGGCUGUGGUUGACCUGAACGGUGAUGGAUGGGAGGACAUAGUUGUAGGAGCUCCCCACUUCUAUACGAAGGACAAAGACAUUGGUGGAGCUGUUUAUGUUUACAUUAACAAGGCCGGACUUUGGGAAAAUGUAUCUCCUGUCCAGCUGAACGGGACCAAACUCUCAAUGUUCGGACUGGCCGUGGAGGACAUCGGAGACAUCAAUCAAGACUCAUACAAAGAUCUCGCAGUUGGAGCGCCACAGGAUGAUGACGGGGCAGGAAACGUCUACAUUUAUCAUGGAUCUGCGCAAGGAAUCAAAACCAGUUCUGCGCAGAUCCUUUCAGGUAAAGCGCACAGCAUUAGAUUCUUUGGAUAUUCUUUGGCAGGCAACAUGGACCUGGAUGAUAACUCUUAUCCAGACCUGGCUGUAGGAUCUCUGUCAGAUUCUGCUGUAAUUUACAGGGCGAGGCCAGUUGUUACCAUUACAAAAGAUGUCAAAGUAUCUCCUGAAGAAAUUGACCUAAGUCAAACUACCUGUGGAAACAGUUUUUGCUUCACUGUUGAAACAUGCUUCAGCUUCAAAGGGAACCCUGCAUUUUACAACCCACAACUAACUAUUAGAUAUUCUAUUGAGGCGGACGGACUUCGGUUGAACUCCAGAGUGAUGUUCCUGAAUGAAUCCCAGGCUGAAUCUGACAACCAGUUUAACAGCACAAUAGAGCUCCAGGGUCAAAAUAAGCCAAAGUGCAUCAUCUUAACAGCCAAACUUAAGGACAACAUUAAGGACAAGAUGAGGAGCAUCAUCAUUGAAGUUUCUGCGAAAAUUAUUGGUGCAAAACAACAGAAAGCAAAACAUAGCCUCCCUGACAUAUUGCCCAUUUUAGAUACUAAUCAACCAAGCAAAGCUGUCACAGAGAUAACCUUUGUAAAGGAGGGAUGCAGGGAUGGUCAGAUUUGCCGCAGCAACCUGAAGAUGGAGUACAGUCUGCACUACAAAGAGAGCAGCCAGGAGUUCACCUCGUUACCUAAAAGUGAAAACAAUGUCCCAGAGUUUUUUCUGAACUAUCAGAAGAAGGACUUGGCUCUGCUGGUGACGGUGACCAACAUGAACGGUGACGAUGCUUAUGAAGCAAAGCUUGUAGGGAAUUUCCCAAACACCCUGUCGUACUCUGGCGUCCGCUCAGUGACUAUAAUUGCAACUGGAAAGUCCAGUGAUCAGACUGAUCUUGCUCCUGUGAAAGUUAAAAGUAAAGUCAUAGUUGAAUUACCUUUGUCAAUAAGUGGUGAAGCCAAACCCAGUCAGGUUUCCUUCGGAGGUGUUGUGAAAGGAGAAAGUGCGAUGAAAAGAGAAGACGACAUCGGAAGUCUGAUCAACUUUUCUUUCACGAUCAACAACUUGUGGAAGUCUUUGGAGCCUUCCAUUAAAGCCUCUCUUUACAUCCACUGGCCCAAGUCAAGCAAAGAUGGGAAGUGGCUUCUGUACCUGGUGAAGAUCAUGUCUCGUGGACCAGGGGAUGUCGCCUGCUCCCCAGAAUCUGAGAUCAACUUUCUUAAACUGGCUCAGGACUCCUCAGUGACCCGAACAAAAAGAGAAAUUGCUGCAAAAGAAAGAAACUCUGGUUCCAAAAUGUUUUUUCUUGCAGGAAAGAAUAAUGCAUUGUCCUGUGAGGAAGAAAACAGAUGCGUGGUGCUAAAGUGCCCCCUGCAGGGCUUUGAUGGUACAGCAGUUGAGCUGAGAUCUCGUCUGUGGAACUCCACCUUCAUUGAGGAUUUUGCUUCGUUUCCAACCGUGCUUUUAACAGUGAAGGCUUCUCUGGUGCUGCACACUCAGGCUCAGAACUUGAUCCUGACAACUCCUGACGCCAUCGUGAAGGUGACGGUGUCCCCUGACAGCUCCGUGGCUCAGUACGGAGGAGUUCCCUGGUGGAUCAUACUGCUGGCCGUCCUCGCAGGAGUCUCCAUUUUGGCUUUGAUGGUGUUUUUACUGUCAAAGUGCGGAUUCUUCAAACGCUCCCGACAGGAUGACAGCGUCCCCCGUUACCACGCCGUGAGAAUAAAAAAGGAAACUCCUCUGUGUCGCGAUGGAAAAGUCAUCCUUGAUGCUUUUGAAAAGAAGCAGUGGAUGACGACAUGGAUGGACAAUGAAAGUUACUCGUGA